AUGAAUUCGGCGCACUCUUCAGGCGAGGACCUGACAGGUCACAAUGUUACUCAAACUACCUCUCCCGCCCCGCUCACAUCUCCCUCGCAGCCUUGCGUCGAUAACGUCGCCGAGACCACUACUUCCGCAUCUGCCAGUGGCCGUUCAGCACCAAAUGCUCAGGGUCAGUCCGAGGAAGAACGAGCCGUUCAAGCGGCCAUCGAGUUAUCGGUCGAGGAUCAGAAGAACAAAGCUCACAAGGCCAAACAGCCGCUGAACACCUUUCAAGAUGACCUACCCAACGAGCUGGUUCUCAGCCUCAACAAUGAGUUCUCUGUCUUGGACGAGCUAGAUGGCGAUACCAUUGUCUACAUAGGACCACCACCCCAAAUGCCAGAACAGAGUGACAAGGAAUAUCAGUACAUCGUCAAUCACUUCUCCCAGGUCCACGUCGUCAACAGUGCGACUCUGAAACUCAUGGGGAGCACUGCAAAGUUCAACGAUGACGACCUUCUGGGGCCCAAGUCAAUACGCACAGAGCGAAAACUGCGAAAGCUCGCUGUCCUGGCUAAGGCAGAGGAGAAGCACGGUGCCAGAUUCCGAUACCAUCUCGAUCUGCGCCCACCCGAUGAAGAUGAGGAAGCUGUCAUUCUUGUCACUGACUUGACAUGUACCAAGGGUGUGAUGACAUGGCAUUUGGCUAGCAGCAAAUAUGAAGUGUCGCCGCUCACCGUGUUGGGUCAUGAUGAGUAUGAAAUUCACAACCAGAUCGCGAAUUACCCAAAGCCACCAACAGCUAAGAAGGCCAAAGUCUCUACGGCAGCCAAUUCAGCGCCAAAGGAUGCGUCUUUGAACGAAGAAGCAGCUCCUGUCGCUGUUCCGUCAAUCAUUCGACCAGACUAUUCCGUCAUCCGUCAUCGCUCUGCUAUCGAACGCCUCCUCCAUGCCAUUUGUGGAAACGAUCCAAAGCUCGAUUCGGCACCUAAGGUUUGGACAUACUUCGCCAUCGCCAAAUACUUCGGCUGUGCUCACCAGGAGCGGAUCUCUAGAUGGAUCAAAGACUGGAUCUACGACGCCAACAACGCGAAUUUCGUUCAGAACAAUCCUGAAGUGGCAUACCGUAUUGGCAUGGGAAUCAAAUCACCGGUUCUGCUACAGGAUGCAUUCUCCAUCCUCGUCGGAGAGAGAGCUCUUAUCAACGCGUUUGGAGAAAUCAACCCGGCCAUCUUGUCGCCGCUGCGCAACAGCGUACAUGGACGCAAGCUAGAGUUGCUCGACGAUGAUGAGCGUAACCGCAUCGAUCACGCGGCGGACGUUUUCGUCACGCGAAUUCGUGGAGUCGUUUACAACCUCUGUAGAGACAUGGAAUGGCUACGCAAGUGCCGAGGUUAUGCUGCGCUCGAUGACACUGUCGGAGAUACCCCUGAAGAGAUUGAGCUGUUGGAGUCGGCGAAGCACCUUGUCAAAGAGUACGUCCGGUCUAGGAUUUAUUAUGUCCUUUGCCAGGAUCAGGCCGCCUUUGCUGAGCUCGAACCCAAUCCAGAGUCAACCCUCGCGUUUCGCUCCGGUACAGGCGAACAUUACAAUGCAGUGUACAAUACGCUCAAUCAACCCAUGAGGAUGUUUACCAAGAGCUUCUGGCUUGCACUUCAACGCACAGACUUUGGAGCAGGUGUUGAUAGUACCGCGCAUGAAGGUACAGUCGGCACCGACACUGACACCCGUUACAUCCAAGGACUCCGCGAGCUCUAUCCUUACGACCCGGAAAAUGGAAUCACUACCAUUCCGAAAGCCGCCCUGGUUGAGAAGAUCAAAGCCGUCAACCGUCUCCUGCAUAGUCGACAUUCGCGCGCUGCGAAAAUCCAAGAGCAUCAGGAUCCUCUGGGAGGCAUCGAAGGGGAAGAGCUUCAGUCGGAAGCGAUACCAAACACAGAGGAUGCUCUGUCCCCUGGCAGUUCAAAACAUCAUUCCGAAGACCCUAAUCCUUCCUCCCGCGAUGCUUCACCAGCGAAACGUCGGAAGACCCUCAAGUCGAACGAUAGUCAGCACACAGUGUCGUUCGCUGAAAACACAGGCACUUCUCCCCGCUCGCAGAACAAGAGUCCCGUCAAGUCGCAGAUUGAAAAUGUCCAGACUGCAUAUGGUAACCCACCUUCGCCAACCCCAAAUGUUUAUCAGGCAGCGCUUCCGUAUCGCGACAAAGAGAAGGGUGUGGUUGACCACGUCAAAAGCUAUUUGCAGAAUCAUCUCGCGCCCUCGAAAGCGGAGCCAAAUGAAGACCAGGAGCAUCUUCUGGCUGAUGUCCACCGCACAGCUGAUAACAACCACGCUCCGAACACUAACGACCUGCCUCAUAUGAGCGAGAUCAACGGUAAAGCUGAAGUUGCAGCCGAUGCCGACGAUGAAAAGCAUCGCGCAUCUGGGUCUUGUCCUGGAAACUUGCUGGCCGAGACUAAGCCUGAUGCUCAAGGCACGUCCUCAGAAGCAGAAACAAAGGCAGAGCCUCCUCCUGUUUCCUCUGCUGCUUCUCCCCAUUCUUCUGAUGCGGCCGCUGCGGCAACAACAACAACAACAACGGUCAUGUGCUACAACCCGUGGACACACAUCUACGAGGACUGGAGCACCCACAGCCAGAACGACAAGGCCAAGGUCACGCAAUGGACCGACGAGCAGACCACCGCCCAGAACAAGAUGCCGACCAACAAGGGUUUCAUUAAAAUGCUCGACCCGCGUGACUACCUGCCCGGCAAGAAGAAGAUGUCGACGUCCAUCAAGAAAGCUCCAGCUCCGACCCCCAUCGGCAAGGAUCUCAGCCCGAUCAACCCGUCGCGUCUCCUGCAUCAAGUAGGCGACCAGAUCUCCAACAUCUGUUCCGGCAUGCUGUACCCUCCGCACCUCUUCCACCAGGAGACCGGCCUGCUCCCGACCAAUCUGUUCGACAACCUUUUGUGUCUGGAUGCAACUGAGUUCCGUUACCUGCCAUUGUGGGCUCCCCACGGCCUGGACGACGGCUCCGGCGGUGUCUUUGACGAAUGUCCCGUCCCCAAUCUCGAUCCGCUGAGUUCCAAAUACGAGCCGUUCGCCGCCGGUCGUAUCAAAGCUCCGUACCAUACGCACAAUGAUGGUGACGUUAGUGACGCCGGUCACCUGGAGACCGACUCGGAAUUCACAGACAUCGCCACCCAGGCUAUUAGCACUGUCGGCAAGGCCAGCAAGCUCGCCACCGAUGGCACCGAGACGGUCAAGAGUCUGGCCACCAGUGUCGCUACGUCUGCAGGCCGGGACGGCGGACCUGGUAGCAGCAUCGUCCGAGGCCUACGGGACAUAGACAUCAAGAACAAGGACGACGAUGACUACAACGACAUGGACGACUUUGAAUGGCCGGAAUGA